GUAUUAUCUCUAUUUUAGGGUUUAGUUAAUUAUGCAUAGACUUCGGUAAGGUUCUACGCCCAGAAUACGAUUAAAGCCCUUACGAUUUAUGGUCUUUUAUAUUAGGCUUCUGAUUUUUCAUGAUUCUUGGCAAUUUUUGCUUCUGUUGAAUAAAAUGAUUGUAAUUGGAUCAUGAUUUCAUGUUAACCAAUCGGUUUGUCUUUUUAUGAUAAUAUAACUUGGAUUAUGUUUGAAUGGUAGAUUAGAGAAGACUAGGCUUGUGUUAUCGAUUAGUUCUGAUUUAGUUGUUUUUAGGGUUUAUUUCCAUCCUUAAUUGUAAAUUCUUGUUGAUUACUUAAUUAGAGAGACUCUACAAAUCAGAUGUAGUUGAUAAAUUGUCAUACAUUCUUCCCAAAACCUGGCUUUUUGAGGCAUGUCUAAUUUUCUUAACAUUUCAAGGGAGAUUAUAGAAUAGACAGCCAUAAGAUGCACAUUGGAGCAGGUAAUUUAUAUUUUUGUCAUCCCAUCACUAAUCUAAUACCUUUUUCUUUUCAAAUGUCAUAUUGGUCCCUAAGUUAAUCGUGUAAGUAUUGUUGUUUUUUUGGGGCUCAAUCUUGUGCAAAUUUGAUGCGCUAAGAGUGUCCAGAGGUAAAAUUUUCUAUCUAAUACAUCAUAAAUAUCAGUUCAGUGUUCUUUUUGUAGAUUCCUUAGGAGUUUUUGUUUUCAAUCUAUAACAUUGUCAGCUCCAGUUUUUUAGGUUGAGUUUUGAGUGCUAUGAUGGCUUUUAAUCCUCCAUUUCAGGUGGAGGAUACUAAUGGAGAUUUAUUUGAUAAAUUGGUCGAUGAUGAUUAUAAGGUCAGAAAGGACUAACUUAACCAAUGGGAAAGAUUUUGAUGACAUUAAAGCUUUUUCUAAUUUGGGUAUAAGUGAUGUUGGAAUUCGAAUCAAAGAUUCGGGGAAAGUAGGUAAAGGAGGAGGAGAAGAAGAUUCUAAAUAAGCGAUGUACGUUUUGAAUGGAGAUUUAUUGUUUAUCUAACCUGCUUUUUGUUAUGAUUAUCUAAAUAUUUAAAGGUCAUAUAAUUGUCAAUAAACAAUUCGAUAAAAAUGGCAUCCACGUCAUCAAAUGUCGCAAGAUAACCAAAAUGGGUACAAAACAGGAAAUUUUGUAACUUUGUUACUUUGGUGGAGAAAAAGAAGUUAUUUGUUACACUAAAUAGGAACUAAGACGAAAUCCGUUGAAUUUGAAGCAUUUUGCUCUAUUUAGUAUUAGAUCGAUUUACAUAUUGACAUUUACAUGGUUCCAUGAGCGAGAUACCUCCUAACUGGGUGUUGCUAUUCGAAUCCCUGUGUAGGUUAAAUCAAAUGUUGGUAAUAUAAAUAACAGACAUUCUAAAAAUCACCCGUCCCAAAUUUUCACGUCCCAUUCAUGUCCACCAAUCAUAUGAAUACACAUAAUCAGAGAGAGAAAGUGAACACGAAUUAAAUAAAUUUAAUAAUAAAUAAAAAUCUGAUGUGUCUUAAUUUCAUUAGUAGGACAGGAAUGACAUGUGUAAUUUUGAGACAGGUGAUUUUUAUCCUAUAUUUGAUGGGUAAAAUGGUUAAUGGAAGAAGUUCAAAAAACAUGCAGAUUGGUUAGCGUCACCUCUCCAAAUUUCUGUUGACGGGGGCGACAAAAGGGGAGAGUGGAAUACACAGCUUAAAACCUCAUCUGACCUGCUUUCACGACACCCGUCACAAGCCCUAGCUGCUCCUCCACUGUUGACACAUGAAUCUUUUCUGACGAGUUUCACAACAAUAAUCACAUAUUAUUUUAGAACAGUGCAACCUGUUGGAUUAUAGCUCUGCGAUUGGUGUUUUCGUAUUGUGUCGUUCUUGAUUAAAUUUCAAGUACAAUUGUUGUCCAUAUACCGGCCAUCUGCCUCACCACCAGUGGUGGCUGUUCCCUACUACUGGCCAUGAAGAGAGGUUAUCAACAAUCAUCGUCCUCAGCUUCGUUAGGACCUCCAAAGUCCAAACCCAGACACAACCCAGACGGUGAUGCCUUUCUAGAGGAUGAGAGCACAAAGAUUUUUGCCAAGAAAGUUGCAGACCAUUAUAGUGCAAGGACAAACCAAACGCUGGAAGAACGAGAAGCGAGUCCCAUUAUACAUUUAAAGAAACUCAACAACUGGAUUAAAAGCGUUCUAAUUCAACUUUAUGCAAAGAGGGGGGAUGCAGUUCUUGAUCUUGCGUGUGGUAAGGGUGGUGAUUUGAUCAAAUGGGACAAGGCAAAAAUUGGAUACUAUGUUGGCAUCGACAUAGCAGACGGUUCGAUAGAAGAUUGCCGCACUCGCUACAAUGGUGAUGCAGAUCAUCAUCAGCGCCGUAAAAAGUUCACCUUCCCCGCUCGACUUUUAAGUGGAGAUUGUUUUGAGGUCCGACUGGAUAAAGCUUUGGCUGAUGAUGCACCUUUUGAUUUAUGUAGUUGUCAGUUUGCGAUGCACUACUCGUGGUCUACUGAAGCACGAGCACGGAGGGCCUUGGCUAAUGUAUCAUCAUUACUUCGUCCGGGAGGGAUAUUUAUCGGCACAAUGCCAGAUGCAAAUGUUAUAGUAAAAAAGCUAAGAGCAGCCGAAGGAUUGGCAUUUGGCAACAGUGUUUACUGGAUUCACUUUGAUGAUGAAUUCUCAGAGAAGAAAUUUAAGUCGUCGAGCCCCUUUGGCAUAAAGUACAAGUUUCACCUAGAGGAUGCUGUCGAUUGCCCAGAAUGGAUUGUUCCAUUUCACGUCUUCAAAUCGCUGGCAGAAGAGUAUGAUUUGGAGCUUGUUUUUGUGAAGAAUUCGCAUGCAUUUGUUCACGAGUACAUGAAGAAGCCUGAAUUUAUUGAACUAAUGCGGAGACUCGGUGCCUUAGGGGAUGGAAACCAAGACCAGAGUACACUUUCACCAGAUGAAUGGGAGGUAGCUUAUCUAUAUUUGGCAUAUGUCUUGAGAAAGCGAGGUCAACCAACGGAACAAAAUCGAGCAAAUAGUAGAAGAGACAAAGGGAAAAUGCACCUAGAAAAGGAAGACAUAACAUUUAUCGGAAGCUGAUUAUAAGAUUUCUGAAAACAGGUACUAAAUUUUGUAAAAUAAGUUGGUUAAAAUGCAGCAGCAGCAGUGGUUGUAUUUUCUUUGUUACAAUAGGAAGGAUUUCACAUGAUGUACAAUUUGUAUUCUAUAUUUAGUUGUUUUGUUUUAUGGUAAAAGGAUUGUUU